UUUUGCCUGAGAAGCCACGAACCGUGCCUUUCCUCCACGCGAAUCUGGGAGCCGUAAGCCGGACCGAUUGCAAAUGAAGUGUAAUGCAUUGUGGGACGUGUGUAAAAUUGGAUCAUUCGAGGGGAAAAAAAAAAAUAAAGGCAGGCAGGGACCUGCGGCUGGCGUCCCUAGAAGAGGCAGCGGGGAGAUGCUGGCAGGUCGUGGCCGGCGGUAGCCACGCUAGCCCGAUGCCCGGUGGCCAGCAGCCGGCCAGCCGCAAGGCCUGACCCCAUGCUGCGGCGGGAGGAUUAGGCUCGGGGACAUCCUCAGGAUGAAGAAGACGCGGAGUACGACCUUGCGGCGGGCUUGGCCUAGCUCCGACUUCUCCGACCGGGCCUCCGACCGCAUGAGGUCCCGCAGCGAGAAGGACUACCGGCUGCACAAACACUUCCCACCGGCUUUUAUUUCCCAGGCAUCACGGGGCUACAUGACAUCAGGUGAUGUAUCACCCAUCAGCAUGUCUCCCAUCAGUCAGUCACAGUUUAUUCCACUUGGGGAAAUCCUUUGCCUGGCCAUCUCAGCAAUGAACUCUGUCCUGUGGCACUGA